AUGGCGGAAGAGGGACUCGAGAUCCCCAAGUUCGUGGUGGAUCUGUCGCUGCCGCCCCGCCAGCGGUACGACCACAUCGUGCCGCAUUUCCAGCCCAAGAUCGACUCUUGCAAUUUGCAUGAGCUCUUUGACGAGCUUCUCGUGGAGCUGGCAGGCGAGAAGCUGGGCAACUGGCUCAAGAACAUAUCUCCGGCCCUUUUGCGCCGCGUCCGUGGCCCGGAAGAGACCGAGGAGCUCGUUGGAAUCUCCAGGGCCUCGGGGAUCUCAAAGCACAUCCUGGUCGCCUUCAAUGUCCUGCUGGAUCUGCUGCUGGGGUGCACCAGCGGCGGUGUCCGCGUCGCCGAGGAGAAGUCUCCACCGAGGACACGGGCCUCGUCGAAAUCAUCAUCGCGUGCGUCGCGGAUGAUUCAUUUCCGGACUUUGGAUUGGGGCAUGGACAGGCUGCGAAAUAUUGUGGUCGAACUCGACUUUGUGCGACACCGUGGCGGGCCUGUCAUUGCCACUUCUUUGACAUAUCUCGGGUAUGUGGGCGUCUUGACUGGUGUGAGGAAGGGUCUGAGCAUGAGUCUCAACUUUCGCCCUCACCACGCUUCGUCUACUUGGUGGGAUCAGGCUGCUUUCCGUUAUAAUCAAGCCAUGGUGGUAUUGGGAUUCCGGCAUUCCAUCUCCAGUUUGCUGAGGCAGACCCUGCUUGGCCCUCCAGCGCAACAACACCACAAGCCUGCAGAGAAAAAGGAGAAAAGGUUCAUAUCGACAUCCCCGACCGGAGAACUGGAUGAAUUUAGUGAAGCUGAUGUGCGAUCAUUAUUGUCCAAGUUGACGACGUCGCCGUCAACCUCGGCCUAUCUGAUCUUUUGUACCCCCCAGAAGGUCUAUGUUGUCGACAAGGACAAUCGCCGGGGACCCGUGCGAGACUCUGACACCUUCUUGACUGCCUAUAACCAUGAUGUCGCCGACGAAAAGGAUCCUUCGCAACUCAAAGACGCAGUUGCAGAGAUUGCCCAGGGCCCAACCAUCAUGGGCAUGGACGACAUUGUCGCGUGUUCCCUGGAUCGCAAGUGCCACCUCGACGAGCUCUGGCGAAAGAGCGUUGAUGCUUUUGAGAAGAAGAACGGCGAAUCCGCCAGGGCGAUCAGCAUGGCGGAUGUGCGCGAGUUCGUGAGGGACCCCGAGAUCCGGAACGAAGAGACACAUUACGCCAUCAUCAUGGAUCCUACUGAUGGGAAAGUUUUAUGGCGAAGGAUAUUUGAGGAAGGGACUUGA